GGCACUAGAAGUGCACUUAGAACACUAGUCAGAUCUACUAUUUAAGAAUGAUUUACACAUAUAUCAUUCUGCUAUGGCUGCAGCUCCUCGGAUUGUUGCAGGGUCAGAUGCUACCCAAGGAAAUCAAAAGAUGUCGCUUUGGAGAGUCCGAAUGCAUUGUGGAUUCGAUGAAUGCGGUAAUAAGAAAGUUUCCCAGAGGAAUUCCGGCUCUGGGACUGAAACCCAUCGAUGUGGUGGACAUCAGGAACUCGAAGUUCUGGGACGAUGAGAAGAUCGGGGCUUUCUGGCUGAAAUUUGAUCUGUUCAAUCAGGUGAACUACGGCUUCGAGAACACCACGAUCACAAAGGUUAGCGGCUUUGACGAGAACCCCACCUCCAGUCUGAUCGAAAUCCACGGCCGGAUACCCAGUCUCAUUCACAAGGGCAGCUACUUCUCCCAAGGAAGAGUUUGGAUUGUGCAGUUGAACUCCACCGGAGAAUCUUUUUCGGACUUUCAGAACUUUCGCUUUGUUCUUAAGCUAAAGGUUAUCAUGGAGUAUCGGAAUAAUAAGCGCUAUCUAAAGAUCUACGAACUAACUCCCUUUGUGAACAUGGAUCGUUGGGUGUUUUGGCUGGACAACUUUUUCGAAUUCAACACGGAUCUGACUAUAGCCAUAAACCAGGUUUUUAACAUCCACUGGGUGGAAUUCUGGAACGAGCUGGAACCCAAAAAUCUGAAAAUAUUCGCCAGUGUUUUUCGCGAUAUAUUCGAGGACAUCUUUGAAAAGGUCUCCUACGAUGACAUGUUUUUGCCGAUUCCCAAAGACUUCUCAGUAAAUGAUUAAAGGCGGCGACUAACUUA